UUGUUUGGGAAGCCUCCAGGCAAACACGAUCCCUUAGAGAGGAGGUAGUCAUAGUGAAGCUCAUGGGUAUUCACUAAUAAUCACUGCGUCUCAGAAGGAAUCCUGCAAAAAUGCCAAGUUUUCACCGGAUCUCUGUCGUAGUCAGCGCUGCAAUGCAGUAUCAGAAAAUAAUUGCCUUGAUUUUGUUUUUCUCUAACACCAUUGUUUCUGCAGGCUUGUGUCCAACAUGGACAGAGACAUCCAACAUCCCUGAGAUCAUAAUCCAUCCUGGUUGAACUCAGCCCCACCAACUAUCUGCAGAAUCAAUACACAUGUCUGGGUUGCUGUGAGCGGGCAUCAUGACUUCUGGCAGAGUCUGUCAUGAGACUUUAAUGAUUCGACAGAAUGGCUUUAACUCAAAGAAGCAACAGAAACAACACUGACAAAAAUCUCUGUGCCAUUGUAGUUAUUGUUAUCAGACACUCUCUGGAAGGGGAUUUGUGACUUGCUUGUGAUGUGGAUCCUUGACAGAGUAAACCGUCUGAGAUAAAGAAACCGAAUUGUCGCUGUUUCCACCGCCGGGCUCCGCCACACAGCUGAAAUACAUCAGACAGCGGCUCUGCCCUUUCAUGGCUCCACUUCACCUAAAACCAGAUGGAUAUCUACAAGCCGAGAAGCAAAAAGGUGGCUAACCUCCUGCGAUUGUUCCAGAUCCCUCAGAUCAGCUACGCCUCCACCAGCUCAAAGCUCAGCGACAAGACCCGAUACGACUACUUUGCCCGAACCGUACCGCCCGACUUUUACCAGGCCAAGGCCAUGGCCGAGAUCCUGCGUUACUUCAACUGGACCUACGUGUCAACAGUCGCAUCGGAGGGCGACUAUGGCGAGACCGGCAUCGACGCCUUCCAGCAGGAGGCCCGCAAUCGGCAAGUCUGCAUCGCCACUUCAGCCAAGGUGAGCCGCACCAUGAACCGCCAGGGCUACGACAACGUGAUCCGCGCGCUGCAGCAGAAGUCCAACGCCAAGGUGGUCAUCCUGUUCACUCGCAGCGAGGACGCCCGCGAGCUGCUGGUGUCGGCUGCCCGCAUGAACGCCACCUUCAUUUGGGUGGCCAGCGAUGGGUGGGGGGCGCAGGAGAGUGUGGUGAGGGGCAGCGAGAUGGCGGCCGACCGGGCCUUCACCAUAGAGCUGGCUUCGUACCCAAUUAGAGAGUUCGAAGACUACUUCACCAAGCUGAACCCGUACACCAACACGCGGAACCCAUGGUUCAAGGAGUUCUGGGAGCACCGCUUUGGCUGUAGCCUUCAAGAAGCAGGCUGCAGCGAUAACAACCUGAGAGAUGGGACUUUCGAGCAGGAGUCCAAGAUCAUGUUUGUGGUAAAUGCAGUGUAUGCCAUGGCCUACGCCCUGCACAACAUGAGGCAGGCUGUAUGCUCCAACACAUCCAAGGUCUGUGACGCCAUGAAGCCAGGCAAUGGCAAAAGGUUCUACAAGGAGUUCAUCUUGAAGACCAAGUUUGAAGCUCCAUUCAGACCUGUAGACACACAGAACAUGGUGCGCUUUGACUCUUUUGGCGACAGCAUCAGCCGCUACAACAUUUUUCAUUACCACAAAGAAGAGGGAAAGUUUGUUUACAGAAAAGUUGGCUACUGGGACCAACACCUGACCCUGAACACCAGCCUGGUUCCAUGGCCCGACCUCGUACCACCCACUUCCCAGUGCAGUGACCCCUGCAGGAAGAACGAGGUGAAGAGCAUGCAGCCUGGAGAUGUGUGCUGCUGGAUUUGUAUCCCUUGUCAGCCCUACCAGUACCUGCAAGAUGCAUUCACCUGUGCUGACUGUAGCUUCGGUCAGUGGCCCCUGGCUAACUUGACCGGCUGCUAUGAUCUACCUGAAGAAUACAUCCGGUGGGAGGACGCGUGGGCCAUUGGGCCAGUCACCAUCUCCUGCCUUGGUAUACUGUGUACUCUGUCGGUCGUGGGCCUGUUCCUCAAGAACAAUGAGACGCCUGUGGUCAAAGCAAGCGGACGUGAACUCUCUUACAUCCUCUUGCUCGGAGUGCUGAUGUGCUACCUCAUGACCUUCAUCUACAUAGCAAAACCGUCCACUGCUGUCUGCACCCUCCGCCGCCUGGGCCUCGGCACCUCAUUCGCGGUGUGUUACUCAGCCCUGCUCACCAAGACCAACCGUAUCGCUCGCAUCUUCAGCGGGGUGAAGGAUGGAGCUCAGCGGCCGCGCUUCAUCAGCCCCGCUUCCCAGGUGGCGAUUUGCGGCGCUCUCAUCUCCUGUCAGCUGCUGGUGGCUGUUAUAUGGCUGCUGGUGGAGGUGCCAGGGGUUCGGAAAGAGGUGGGCCCGGAGAGGAGAGACGUGGUCACCCUCAAGUGCAGCAGCAGGGACUCCAGCAUGCUCAUGUCGCUCACUUACAACUGCGUCCUCAUCAUCCUCUGCACCGUCUAUGCAUUCAAGACUCGAAAGUGCCCUGAAAAUUUCAACGAGGCCAAGUUCAUCGGGUUCACAAUGUACACCACCUGCAUCAUCUGGCUCGCUUUUCAGCCCAUCUUCUACGUCACUGCCAGUGACUACAGGGUGCAGACCACGACCAUGUGCAUAUCCGUCAGUCUGAGUGGUUCGGUGGUUCUCGGCUGCCUCUUCGCUCCCAAAGUUCACAUCAUCCUGUUUCAGCCCCAGAAAAACGUGGCCUCACUGAGAGUCACAGCCAACCGCUUCAGUGCCACGGUGUCUGCUUCUGCCUCCGCGCCGAACUCCAGCUACUCCAAAGGAUCCGCCUCGAACUACGUGCCAGCAGUGUGCAACGGCCGAGAGGUGGUGGACUCGACAACGUCCUCUUUGUAAAACAAAACAAAAAAAUUUAAAAAAGGUUCCCUCUAUAAGCACAAGAGGCCAUUCCAUCAUUACUCAUCCCUCCAUCCAACAGGGCUGCGUACCUCAGAGCCCCCGUCCCAUCCAACAUGCUACAGAGAGGUAACUCUGUCUGGGUAGACCGACUGACAGCAGAGAGGAUCAUUCUUAACUGUGAAGGCUAAACUAUGUUCCUACAGCAAGCAGUAUGUAUCAAUUGCAAAGCCUUUUUGUAGAUUUAUUAUUCUGUGAUCUCCUCGGUUUACAGAUGUAGAUGUGAUUAAAUGCACCGUGCCUUGUCCUAAAGAGUCUUGUUGUCAAAUGGGUGGUUGUGAAGCAAUAGUGUUGUACAAAAACAAAAGGAUGUUCUUAUCUUGUCCUUUAAGUGCUGUGAAUAUAUCCAAAUGUUGUAGACAUAAAUGAAAAAAAAGAUAUAACAUGAAUUUAGCCCUUCUGUUCUCUUAAAUAAGUGAUUAACCUUUGUGAACGUGAUUAAAAGUAGGCAAAUAGGUUAUAUAAAGGAGGUGUCAUUGUAGACUGGUUUAACAGUGUGUGCUUUCCUGUAAUUUAUGGAAAUAAAAGGCUUGUUUUUUUUAAUUAAAAAAUGAAAUACAGUUUG